AUGGUCAGUGAUGACUUUGUCGUUCCCGCUUUGGUCCUUGGUGACUCAAUUCAGACAUUUUCUUGUCACAAGACUAUGAUUGCGCUUAUAUCAGGAAAUGUGAGUAAAGAUACACAAAACGCGCUUCAGAGCGUCGGUUGGGAAACUCGUUUGGUCGAAGAAAUGGAUUGCAACUGGAUGGAUGCUAAAGUUGGUGAAGAUCGAAAUAGCGGACUUUUUGGAAUACCUCCUAGAAAAAGAAUUAAGGGAACACACACAAGAUUUCACGCGUGGACCUACACAGAGUUUAGUAAAAUCAUUUACGUUGAUGCCGAUUACAUAUUGAUGACCAAUAUUGAUGAACUUUUUCAAAUCACAGAACAUUUUGCCGCCGUCCCUUGCUCCAGACCUGGUGUUGUGGACCCUUGUUUCAAUGCAGGCCUUCUGGUGAUCAAGCCAGAUUUGAAAACGUACCAGGAAAUCAUGAAACUGUGGCGGGAAACAACAGAAAAAGACACCUGCCCAAAUGAUCAGGUCUUGCUCAAUGAUUUUUAUACACCCGGUGGCUGGAAAGCAAUUCCCUACGCUUUUAAUAUUAGGCGAUUCGUCUUUAGGCCUUUGAAGUCAUUCCACUACGCCUGCUGCCGCCCUCAAAAGCCAUGGAUCGGAGAAUGUCGACCAAGUAGAAAGGAAGCCAGGGCGUUUGCCGGUCCAAUCAUAACUGUCGAUGAUAUGGCGUUAGUAUUCUGGAAGAACUUGUAUGAGGUUCUUCAAAAGUACGACUUAGAGGAUUGGUGGAGAUCUACUUCGUUCUUUAGGCCAACACAGGAAUUCCCAAUUGUUUCAAAUUAUACUUGCCGCGCUUAA